AUGCCCGUCACCCUUUGCGCUUGUACCCACGAGGCGGAACGAGUGCAAAUUCUGCAGGACAUCCUGUCAGAGACCGAGUACCCAAAUUAUACCUUCCUCACUGGCGAUGACUACUUCGAAAAAGAAUUCCAAGGGAAGAUACCAUCGCAGGAUGUCAUCCUGGGUUUUUUGAAGACGACUCGACUGUAUUGCACUCAGACGCAAAAUUGGCCUCGGGUCCGGUCAGACAUCAGGAAGACAUCACAUAUCUUGCACCCUAUAAUAAAUAUCGUCGAGGAAGUAGUACAACACUUUGGAUACUCGAAGAGGCACGUCGCAAAAGUUCAGCCGCUCAUGGCCACAGCCAGCCUGUUGUCGUCCGACGGGCCAGAGACCUUUCGUCUUUCACCAGAUUUCGUCAUCACUGGCUCGGACAAUAACUUUCCUCGAACGACCGUUGUUUCAGGGCGCUCAACUGUACUCAAAUACGAUGCUUCAACACUCACUUCUUUUGCCUCCUUGUUUGCCGUUCGAACGGAGAGUGAAGUCAGGGAUCAGAGGAAACUUAUUGUAGAACUCGCUGCCUUGGCACGAGAUGUGUUUUAUUAUCAAGGAAACCGCGUUCAUGUCUACGCGGUCGUCCUGACAGAACGCUCCUGGCACCUCUUUCGGUUUGACCGCGGAGGGUUGCUCAAAUCUCCUGGUCUUGAUAUACAUUCAAAAGCGAUCGACCUCGUUCGAUGCAUUCUCAUCCUCUGCUCCCCCGACGUUGCCGUUCUUGGCCUCGACCCUAAGGUUUUCUGGAGGGACGGCACUCGCUACAUCCGGAUGCACAACGCCGAAGAACAGGAAGUCGACUACCAACUGACAAACCCGGAUCCCGUUUACCGCCUUCAUUAUGUUCAGUCCCGAGGUUCGACAAUAUGGGCUGCCAAAGACGAGAACGGACAAGAUAUUAUCGUCAAGGAUGGCUGGCAUCGCCGAAGCGGCGAUACUGUACCAGAGCAUGAACUGCUCUGGAAAGCGAAGGGGCUUGACGGUGUGGUUCAGAUACUCAGCUCUGAAGAUAGCGAGAGUGACGUCAAGACUAUGCGUGGCUUCUUCCCGCGUCAGCACGAGUUUAGGGCCAACUACCUCCGGUCUAGAAUUAUGCUGAAGGCAUAUGGAAAGCCCAUCUCUUUUUUCACGAGUAAGAGGCAGCUUCUUCAGGCGUUUCGCGACGCUGUAGCUGGACAUCAGCGACUAUGGAACAAUGACAUUGUUCAUAUGGAUGUCAGCUCGCAAAAUAUUCUCCUUGGAAACGAGGGUGCUCCGGUCGGUCAAAGAGGUAUUAUCAUCGACAUGGACUUUGCGCAGGCCGUCGCACAUGAUGAAGUAUUGGAGCUCGGAAGCGCUUUCAAUGGAACACUGUGCUUCGUUUCGCACAGAAUAGUGAACAAUACACACAUGAACUCUACCGGACGGUCAGAUGAGUCUGUUUGCCACACACAUCUUGACGACCUGGAAUCGUUCGCCUACGUUUUGUGCAAAAUUUGCUUCUCGAUGGUCGGCCCCGGUCAGAGCAAGGAAAACAUUCCUGAAAUCAUCAAAAGGUGGUUGGGAAAUCUCCCGGACGCAGCAAGUUCCAAGACGUCUUUCUGGGAGGACCGAGAUGAAUAUAUCGAGGCUCACGUCACACCAUACUUUGGCCUUACCUUUCAGUUACUACUGAAAGGACUGUUCUAUGUAAUCGAAGAUGGAACCACCCGCCUGGAUGAAACACUCGUGGAAAACGGAUGGGCCAGGGAUUACAUAUUCAAGGGGUGGGCGGACGCGAGUGCUGGGAUUGAUUACACAGAAUUUCUCCGGGAGAUCGACGAAGCGAUCGAGCAGCUGAGGCAGGAGGAAAAUGGAUGGCAACUUUCUCCGUUAGUCUGGACGAAGGAAGAGCCAUUUUCGGAUCGUCAAGACGAAGCUCUGGUGCCAAUCAAUCUCAACACGUCGGCGCCUCUGAAGCGCAAACGCAACUCGGAUGUCGAACAGCCUGACAACAAUCUGGAGAACGAGGAUACCCUGAAGAAGAAGAAGAAAUUGAGGAUGAAGAAUGAGGGAAGCUGA